AUGUACAAGCUUGAGUGUGGAGUAAGACAGGGCGGGCUUAGCUCGCCCUGUCUUUUUAACCUGUAUGUGAACAGCCUGAUGGAUGAGCUCAGCAGUGCCAUGGUCGGAUGCUCAAUUGACGGAAAAAUGGUCAAUAACAUCAGCUACGCAGAUGACAUGGUACUGCUGGCCCCAUCUGUCAGCGCCCUCAACCAACUGCUGCGCAUUUGUAAGAGGUACGCGGAGGCCCAUGGUCUGAGGUACAAUGUCACAAAAAGCGAACUGCUCGUGUUCAAGGCGGGUAGCAAAACAUACUCAGUUCCACAGGUAAAGCUGAAUGGCGUUCCUUUGAAGCAAGUCACGCGUUUUAAAUACCUCGGACACUGGGUCUCUGAGUCCAUGAGUGAUGACCUGGACAUAGAACGGGAGCGUAGGGCCCUGGCGGUCAGAUGCAAUAUGGUAGCUCGCAGGUUUGCAAGGUGUUCUAAGAAUGUUAAAGUGACGCUCUUUAAAGCAUAUUGUCAGACCUUUUACACCUGCAGCCUGUGGGUUAACUACACGCAGAAGGCGCUCAGGGCCCUAAGAGCCCAGUACAACAAUGGUUUUAGGAUGCUGUUGGGGUUGCCGCGAUUUUGUAGUGCAUCGCAGAUGUUUACUGAUGCUCACACGGACAGCUUCGCCGCUAUUUUGCGCAAAAGAGUGGCAUCCUUAGUGAAGAGGUUGAGUGGCAGCCCAAACAGCAUACUGAACACCAUUGCAGAGAGAUGGCAGGGGCGCUUCCAGGAGCACUGGAACCGUUUGCAUUGCUCACUAGGUUAUGUAUAA